AUGGACACGGACGUACGCUACACAUUUCUAGACGCUCUCGAUCACCUACCGUCAGACCUGAUACGAAGCCUGUGGACUAUACAGGGACUGGAGCUGCGCGAAGAUUCUGAUCGCACUUUUGCUGAUCAAGAAUCUGUCAAAGAAGCCCAAAACAUUCAAAGAGAGAUAUUACGGCAUCAUGAAUGGAUGACAUUCCAAACCCAGGAAAUGCAGGAAAUGGCCGACAUUCAAGCCCGGUAUCAGGCACACGAGGGCACUUUGGAGGUAAAAUCAAAAUCUGCCAAGACCCAGACCAAGUCCCAACCCAAAGAACCUUUGAAAAUUAAGAUAAAUCUUAAACCGAGUCAUUCAAGCGAACCAGUCUACUGCGUAUGUCGCGAGGUCUCAUAUGGCGCAAUGAUUGCGUGUGAUAAUCUAAAAUGCCCUACAGAGUGGUUCCAUUAUACAUGUGUAGGACUAACUGGCGCUCCCAAUGGUAAGUGGUAUUGUAGCGAAAGGUGCCACCGACAAGCAAACAAGAAAAAAUUUAUGAACCUAUGA